UAUCUUUCAAAAGACCUUCGCGAGUGAAUAGUGACAUGUUUUAUAGAAUCCUAGAAGAUGAGCCAUUGCUAACUCCAGGAGGAUAACAAAGAAUUUUGGAUUAUAUUUAUCGUUCUAGAAUCUGACAUCCGAAAAUUUCUGAUAAAUUUCGUCGAACGUUCCUUGCCGCAUUUCUUCCGCCAAGAUGAGAGCGAAAAGUGAAAAAACGAAAUUGGUCCCGCCGGAUGGAGGAUGGGGAUGGGUCGUCCUAUCAUCCGCCCUGGUCGUUAACUUCCUCAUUCCGGGCACCGUCAAGUCGUUCGGUGUCCUCUUCGUCGAGUUUCUCCACGUCUUCAAAGCGUCCUCCACUGCUGCCUCCUGGAUGCCUGCAUUAUGUUAUUUCCUGUACAAUUCCUUAGGUCCCUUAUCGAGUAUCUUGUCCACAAGAUACUCCUACAAAACAGUGACAAUCAUCGGUGGUGCGUUCGCGGCUUGCGGAAUGAUGUCAAGUUACUUUGCGAACUCGGUUUCCUACUUAUACAUUAGCUACGGUUUAAUGGUUGGCAUCGGUGCUGGACUGACGUUCCCGCCGACGGUGUACAUUGUAACCGCUUAUUUCGAAAAACUUCGAGGAUUUGCUAAUGGCCUGUGCAUCUCUGGUAGCGCAAUCGGGACUAUCGUUUUGCCACCAUUUUUACAGUAUCUGCUCGACUGUUUUGGAUACAGAGGUGCUGUACUAAUAAUGGGUGCAAUUACACUGAAUACAUUAGUUUGUGGCUUACUCUACCAUCCUGUGGAAGAACAUAUGAUUGCUGUACCAGUGGAAGGAGGAAUCGAUAAUGAUGCAUUGUCUAUAGAUGAGCCAGCUCUUGAUAAAAAGAAGGAGACAGUGUCCAGUAUUGACAAUGAAACUAUGUCGUGCACUAGUAAGAAAGAGAAGGAAGAAGAAAACUGUGAGGAUGAAAAUCCUGAAAUAGUUAGUAAUCCCAUAGAGAACCAAUGUUUAGAACAUAAAAGCGAAGAUGUACCUGAAGAGAAAAAGAACGAGUUGGAAAAGACAAAUACGUUCGAUUCGAAAAAUAAAAAUUUCAACAAAGAAACCGAGAACACCUUGAACUAUCAAAAUGCAAAUCUGUUAAGACGAGGAAGUAAUAUAUCAGAAAGCAACGUGACGGAUAGCAAGAAUGGAAAUACAGAAUUGACAAGGUAUUCGCAGAAUGAGAGCAAAGAUGAAAAGGUCCUUGAAUUAUCGAAGAAAAGUUUAGAAGAAUUAUCGGAAAAAUCGAUCUCGAAGACAUCGUUGGCCAAGGUAGAGAAACGAAACAAAAUACACUUUUUUGACUUGAGUGUACUUAGGGAUCCAAUUUAUUUAGUAAUUCUAAUUUCGAAUUCUACCUCAGCGAUUAGCAAUACUAAUUUUAUGAUCCUACUGCCUUCUUAUGCGAUUUCACAAGGCUUUGACAAGAACUCCUCUGCUUUACUGCUGUCAGUGGUCUCUGCUCUUGACUUAGUCGGAAGAAUUGGCGGCGCUUCGUUAUCGGACAUUGAUUUCGUACCAAAAUAUUACUAUUUCGUUGGUGGACUUGGCACCAGUGGGCUGGCUUUAGCAUUCCUACCAAUGGCAACAAGUUACGCGAUGCUUUCAUUCUUUUGUGCAUUGUUCGGAUUGUCUUCUGGUAUGUACAUUGGUAUCACAACAGUAAUUUUGGCAGACAUGCUUGGUACAGAAAAACUUAGCUCGUCGUACGGUAUAUCACUGUUCGUUAAUGGAGUCCUUCAACUUGUCGGACCGCCUACUUGUGGCGCCAUAUUUGAAUCCGUAGGAUCAUACAAGCCGAUUUUCUUGGCGUUUGGUAUUAUACUCAUCCUUGGUACCGCAUUAUGGGCAGUCGUACCGCUUAUAAAUAGAAACAACAAAAAGGAUAUACAAUCCGUAUAACAAUAUAAUACUGUUAGCAUUACGUAGAGAAUCUUAAGUAUGUUUAAAUACUACGAAGUAUUUUUAGCUUUUUCAAUAUUAGUAUUACAAUUGCCGUCCCAACAAGAAUUUAUCUAGGAAAACGAUUAGUCCAUUUUAAGAAUUUUAUUCUUACUCGUCCAACUAUAAAUUAAUCUUUUUAGUUAAAGGUGUAAAGUAGCACAUUUAAUGUAUGUAUAGCGAUACGAUACCACUGUUGCAAGAAUUUAUACAUAAACACAACAACUACAGUUUCGUGUACGUUAACAGUACGGACUAAUCGAAAAUCCACUCAUUAAUAUUAGUGGUUUUGAUAACACAGGAAGUAUCUGAAGAAUA